AUGGGAUCCAACACUUCAAAACCAGAGACCAAAGUCUUUACACCAACAACACCAGUUGAUUUCAGUUCAACUUUCUUGUCACAAUUGGAACAAUCUCCAGAGUCAGAUUAUUCACGAGCUCAAUAUACUGAGAAGUAUAUUCAAGAUAGAGUAGCUGAAGAAUUACAAAAAUUGGAAACGCAAACCAUCAAACAGUUUAAACAAACCACCAAUGAUGCAAUUAACAAAGACAGUAAUAGUAGUAAAUCCAAACUUUCAGUAAUUGAAUCAAAUGCCAAGAUUGCUAAACUAACUAAAUUAUUGCAAGAUAAUGCCAAAUUAGAACAAGUUAAUAUAACUCCUGAAUUGAAAGAUUCAAGAGACAAAGUAAUUGCAUGUUUGAAAGAUAAUCAAGGUAAGAGUCUCAAUUGUUGGGAUGAAGUUGAAACUUUUAAAACAUUGGUAAGAAACUUAUAG